AUGGUCUACACCAUUAUCGUCAACCUAUAUGCCAAGGACGGCAAGGACGUCGAGGAAAAGCUGCGCGCUAAGUUAGCCGAGGCUUCGAAGACCUACUCCAAGGACGCCAGCGUCCUUGGCUGGCACGUCCUACAGAAUACCAGUGACCCGCGCAAGUGGACUCUUGUCGAGCGUUACGACCAGGAAAGCAGUGUGGCACAACACCGCGAGCACCCGGACUACAAGACGUUUGCGGGUGCCUUGUUGGCGCUGCUAGAGAAUGGCCAGGAGAGCCUGGACGUACACCAGUUCAAGGAGGUAUAG